UCCUCCCGUGUGAAUGCGUGGUCCGUACGUUUCAGAACGUGAAUAAAAGUGAGAUAAGCUACGGCCUGUCAUCACAAUGAGACUGAAAUGAGUUUCAUUUAAGUUAAGAAGCAGUAGCAGUAAUCACCAUGGGAACGCAGGGAGAAAGUAAAGCUGCGUUGGCGGAGAGCUUUUAUCCGAGUGACGAGGAAACGGUGAAGUGGAUGGCCAACGCGUUCGACAUGGCUAAAGAUGCUCUGGAGAACGGAGAGGUGCCUGUUGGAUGCCUGAUGGUCUAUAACAAUGAAAUCGUGGGCAAAGGACGGAACGAAGUCAACGAGACCAAAAAUGCGACCCGUCACGCUGAGAUGGUUGCUCUGGACCAGCUCAUGGACUGGUGUCGCCAUAGCAACCUGGACGUGAGGCGCGUGUGCGAGCGAACCGCCCUGUAUGUCACCGUGGAACCGUGCAUCAUGUGUGCCGCUGCCCUACGCCUGCUCAAUAUCCCAGUGGUCGUGUACGGUUGCAGGAACGAGCGGUUUGGAGGCUGCGGUUCGGUUCUGGAUGUGUCGUCUGCAAACCUACCUCAGACCGGGACCACAUUCAAGUGUGUUUCAGGUCACAGAGCAGAGGAAGCUGUAGAGAUGCUGAAGACUUUCUACAAACAGGAGAAUCCAAAUGCUCCAAAACCCAAAACAAGGAAGGACUGAGAUUUUCCAGACCGACGAGCUGUACAUUUACUUUUUAUAUUUCUUAUAUUUCCCUUUUCAUAUUGUUGUAAUUUAAUAAAUGAUAUAAACCUUU